UUCUAUCUUUUAAGGUCUACACAAGAGGACACUAAAUUAUCACUUGAAAGAGAUGUAGAUAUACAGCUGAGAGGAAAGAAGACCGUAAGUUUGCCUAAAAGGCCUGGAAAGAAGUUUACGACGCAAACAGAGAUGACUAAUCCGAGAGACAUCGUUGAAGAAGCCAAACGUGGAAAAGAGUCAACGACAGACGUUGAGCUUGGCUUAAACUGUUUACAUCUUAGCCCGAGAUGUGAACAGUUUAAGCCUUGCAUUAUGGAAGAAUCACCCGGUGAAUCUUCCAUAAUGCAUCACGAUUUUAUACCUCACAGCAAACGUAUGAACAAACUGACAUUAACAGCUGCAGACAAUGCCAAACAAGGUCACUGCGUAGUUGUUGAAAUAUCAAACACUCACCCUGGGGGUGCUACUAGCCUUAUUUAUGGGAGAAAGAUCAAUGAAGAAGGAUCCGGUGUAGGUGAACCUUAUCAACUGCUGACGAAAGAUCUCAUAGGUACCUGGGAGGAUGAGGAGGUGAAAGCAGAAAAUGUUCAAGUUGGUUCACAACGGGAAGUGAAGCCACCCCAUUGGUUCAAAGACUUUGUCACUCCCUAA